AUGAGGAGAAUUCAACUGGCGUUUUUAACAAAACUGUGGCAGCGAAGGAAUUGUGGCUCUUUUAAUGAACGGGCGCUGGUGCAAAGGACAUGUGAGCAUAUUUAUUGUAGCAGCUCUGCUCGGGAGCAGUUGCGCCAACUAAUUCACGAAUCAUCCGUAGAAAAUGCCCUGCGUCAUUUGGGCGAGUUUUCCAAUGAUGUUUCUGUGUUGAAAGGGUCUGCUUGGCUUGGACAACUAUCAAAGGCUCCCGAUGUUGUUGGACGCAUUGCUGUUAUCUUGCCGCAGUUUGAGAAAUGGUAUGUAGCCCGGAAAGCUCCAGAAAAGGUGACGAUGCAUGAGCCCUGGGAUUGGUAUCCAAAGGCUCGCUUUAUGCGACGUCGAUUUGUUUUUCACUAUGGCCCCACAAAUAGUGGAAAGACGCAUGCCGCGUUGGAAACUUUGGUGAAGGCGAAGAGUGGUGUUUAUUGUGCACCUCUUAAAGCACUCGCAGCACAGGUUUGGAAAAGGAUUGACGCAAGCGUACCAUGUGACUUGUUGAUCGGCGACGAGCGUCGAUUUGGUGGGGGUGCAGAACAUGUCUCUUGCACGGUGGAAAUGACGCCCAUCGAUUAUCAGAUUGAUGUGGGGGUAAUUGAUGAGGUGCAAAUGAUUGCUGAUAGGGACAGGGGAUGGGCGUGGACACGGGCACUUUUGGGAUUACCGGCCCGCGAAAUUCACCUUUGUGGCGAGGAGCGUGCCAUUCCGCUCAUUCGCAAGGUGCUUUAUAAAACGCAUGAGUUGCAGCGACUGGAGGUUGUGCCACAUAAGCGGCUUGUUCCACUUGAGGUUUCCCCCUCCUUGGAUGGGGAUCUGAGACGGAUAGAGAACGGUGACACUCUGGUGUGCUUUUCGAGGAGGGCCAUUUUUGAUAUGAAGAAGAAGCUUGAAAACAUUUCGGGGAUGGCUCCGCAUUGUAUUUACGGCUCAAUGCCCUUUUCUGUUCGUGAAGCCCAGGCAGACGCAUUUAACAACGGUACACGGGACGUCAUUGAAGGAAAAAGUGGGAAAAAACACGUUCUCAUCUCCACGGAUGCCAUCGCGUACGGACUGAAUAUGAGUAUUGAGCGCAUUAUUUUUACUUCCAUGAGAAAGUUUGACGGGAAACAGAUGGUUACUUUACCGCAGGCAACAAUUUUGCAGGUGGCUGGUCGCGCAGGUCGUUUUGGCGUAUUGCGCUCUCAUAAAUUUGGUCGAUGCACAACUCUUGAUUCGAACGACUUUGCAGUUUUGUGUGAGGCGGUCAACAGUCGUCUACCUUCGUUGCAAAAGGCAGGGCUUCUCCCCACAGCUGAAGUACUCGAGCUGUACAUUAGACUACGUGAGGCGGAGGAAGGCGGUAGGGUGACGGAAAAUAAUUUAGCAUCAUUUUAUCAACGCAUGCGGGAGUUUUCGGAAUGUUGUCAGGCUUCUGAUUUGUUUUUUCCUUGUGAUCUCUCGCGCUCAUUGCUUCAGGUUGCAAAGGAGCUGGAAGCGGUCACCGAUCUUUCCUUAAGCGAUCGGAUCUUGUUCUGCUACGUACCUCUGAAUGAUCGUGGGAAAGAGACUUAUGACCUCCUUCGGGCGUUUGGGCAUGACCAUGCCGCCGGGCGACACGUCGUUCUUCGCAUUGACGAAGAAUUUGAACGACUGGUGAAGCAAUGUGAUCUUGUCUGUAGUGGAGAUACGAGGAGAGCUCAUCAGGUCUUGACAAGGAUGGAACAUUUAUACCGAGUGGCAGAGAUGUACUGCUGGCUUGCAUGGCGCUUUGGUAAGACGUUUGUUCAUCUUGAGACGGCUACGGCGUUGAAGGAAAGGGCUGCGUUGAAGAUGGAAGAAAUAUUGCAACAUCUUUAA